AUGCUUGGGGAACCUGACUACUGGGCACCUUUAUUUAUCCCACUUAGGAAUGAUAAAAGAGUUGUUCGAAUAGAGGCUACUUGGCAGCAUCCUCGCUAUAAUAUUCACGCUAGACAGCAGCCAUGUUCGGUUUAUAUGGGAUACGAUUUUGCCGAAGCAUGCACUACAUAUAUCAUUGUUAGUGGGGAAGGAGAGGAGUAUGUAGAACGAACGAAGACGAGACUCAAUGAUUACUUCGCUGAUGACGAUGGUCUCGCCGCCGCUGCCGGACAGAUCAGCGAUCCAUUUCUACUGCAAAGUAUCCUUUGCCAUGAAUCGCUUACAGAUGGAAAGGAAAUCAUAACGAAACUCCGCCACAGGCUUUACGACCAGCUCGACAUUGUCGGUGAAUAUGCAAAGGAACCAUUCGAUAAAAGCAAUCUUCAGGAAAUGACGAACCAGCUACACUUGAUCUCCCAAGAUGCAGAUUCGCUUUUCGCAAGUACUGAGAUGGCUGGCAUGAUAUCCACCCACAUGGCCAAAGCCCGGCAGCGGACUUCUAAAAUUUCACCGAACAUUUUUCAUAAAAGCAAUGUCGGUGACGCACUGGCGUAUCUCAUCGAUUCAAUCGAGGCACAGAAACGCUGGCUACAAAGCCUAAAGUCCAGGAAGGACAUUGCGAUGAAUCUUGUCUUCAACCUAGUGACACAACAGGAUAGCGAGACCAGCACAAGCAUUGCUCGCGACACGAAAGAAGACAGUGCAUCGAUGAAGAUCAUUGCCGUGAUGACGAUGCUUUUCCUGCCGACUACUGCCGUUUCUGGUUUUUUCAGCAUGUCCUUCUUUUCGAUGUCGGGCCCCCUUCAGACGUCUGGUGAUAUCGGGCUCUUCUUUGCGGUUGCAUUGCCGUUAACCUUUCUUAUUUUUUUGACGUGGUGGAUGUGGUAUUCGGUGGAGUCGACGGUUAGAAAUGUGUGCUACUUUGUUUCGCUCAGAUAUCAAGGCUUCAGGUUUCGCUUGAAAACUGAAAAGGAUGAGGAGAGAGGCAACUAG